CAUCACAGACACCCCUGCCUGAUAAAAGCGGAGGGUCCGCUCAGCAGACAGAGGGAGCAGAGUAUUUCAGAACGGAGGGGUGGCAACGGGAAAACUUCGUCAAGAACUUCGACGCUUAAGUGCUUUUACAGGAGGUGGACAAAACUUUGACUCAAAGAAUUAUUAACCAUGGGUGUUGAAGGGGCGAUGAAGUGUGUCAAGUAUUCACUUGUCUUUUUUAACUUCAUUUGCUGGAUAUGUGGCCUGGCUCUGAUUGUGUUGGGCAUCAUGGCACAGGUGUCUCUACACAACACCUUAAGGAUUAAAGACGUUUCGAUGUCAGGAGUCCCCAUCGUCCUCAUCGCAGUUGGAGCGCUGAUUUUCUUCAUUGCCUUCUUUGGCUGCUGUGGAGCCUGGAAAGAAAACUACUGCAUGGUCACCACGUUUGCCGUCCUCCUCACCAUGAUCAUCAUCAUUGAAAUUGCAGCGGCAAUUGCAGGCUUUGUCUUCAGGGAUAAAAUCUCAACUAUCGUCAAAGACAGUCUCACUGACAUGAUCGAGAAUUACAAAAAUGGCACAAAGGAAUUCAAAGCAUCUGUGGAUGGAGUUCAGGAAAAAUGGAAGUGUUGCGGUGUGAACAGCUCUUCUGACUGGAGUUACCUGGACUCUGAUGGGAACACCGUCCCGGACUCAUGCUGCAUAACCAAGACUACUGGAUGCGGGAAAGGGAACAUGAAGGAUGCCAGCAAGGUGUAUCAGAAGGGUUGCCAUGAUGUCAUGGAGAAUUUCUUGAAGAAAAACAUUCAGUGGGUCAUCGUUGCAGCGAUCGUCAUUGCUCUGAUGCAGAUAAUGGGGGUCGUGUUUUCAUGCUUGCUGAUGAGAAGCAUCCGUAGUGGCUAUGAAGUCAUGUGAUCUACAGCCGAGGCGAUGAUCGCUCGGCCGCCGUCUGCUGGGAACGCCACUUGAAAACAUAUUAUAAAGCUUCUUUUAUUGUACACAGAAUAAUUAAUUUCUCUUAAACUAAUAGUGGGUUACAUUUCAUUGAUAAGCAAUAUCUCUGCUUUGAUACUUUUUUAGGAGUUUAAAAUGUCAGACAAGAUUAUGGUCUAACAUUAGUCUAUGUCAGGGGUGUCAAACAAACGGUCUGCCAGAUGGUUUAGUCCGGCCCAGCCUUAAAGACAAAAAAAA